AUGAUUAGCUUCAAAAAAGGCUAUAAGAAAAAUCGCUCUCGUCAAUGUGAAUCACAACGUCUUCAGAUCCUCCAGUGGAAUGCUGGAGGAAUGACUCCGGACAAAAAGAUCCAAAUACAGAAAAUCCUGCAAACCUAUGAUGUAGACAUUUUCACAAUUAUGGAAGCUAACAUUUCGGAUGACAAACUGAAGUACUAUCAAUUCCCAGGUUUCACUCUGUACCUUCUACCUAAAUACCCGCGAGUUGCCUCACCUCACACUACGAUCUAG